GCGGGGAGAAGCACAGACGGCUCGUGGUAAUUUGAUGUGUGUCCCCGGGGAUGUUUGAUGGAUUAAUGCUAAGCAGCUCCCUCUUCCAAAGCACCACCUGAUCUUUGGGGCUCGUGCCCCACAUAUAAAAGGCUGCAGUAGUGCUGAGCUCAGCUAGUCCAGCCAUCUCUCUCUCUCUCUCUCUCUCUCUCUCUCUCUCUCUAUCUCUAUCUCUGCCUCGCCACUUUCUGUCUUCCUCUCCAUCCUCCCUGUCCUCUGCUUUCUCUCUCUCCUUGCUGCUUUCAGCACAUUUUCUCUUUCUCUUUCCCUCAGGCUUUAAACCAUUUCCAGGACAGAUUUUUUUUGCAAACCUUUUUUCCAUCCCUCCAUUGUUUGGCCUGUUGAAGAAGGCCGCCUGGAAGAUUAGUACAUUUUUCCCUUUUUUUUUUUUUCUUAUCACCAAUACGUUCACAUUCUUCUAUGAGGCUCUAGCAUCAGUCUUUUCAUCAGGGAAAAAAAAUGCCACGCUCCUUUUUGGUGAAGCAGCCGAAGGUUCACGACUUCUCCUCUUCCAACUACUACCAUCAGCACCAGCAGCACUGGGACGACUCCUACACUGUGACACAUGCCAUCACAGAGUCAGCCACCAACUUGGCGGUGCGUUUAAGUGAAAAUGGCUACAUCCAUGAUUACAUCAUCCCCUCAGUGUUGCAGAGCACAAAGGAGCCAGGUCAUGAGCAGACCGGGCUCUCCUCAGGGCCCCUGUACUCCCCGGGUGGCAGUGUUGGGGAGGAGUUCUCCGACCACGACAUGGAGCAUCCGGACAGCCCCGUCUCCAGCGGCACAGUUGAGUCAGACAGCAGUGGACCCGAGUUGGAGGCGUGCACCAUCGACGCCUUCCUUAUCUCUGAUGGACGCUCCCGUCGGAGACCCAACCAGAGGUGUCCCCGCAAGGGAGGCCGUCAAUCGGACAGCAGCGAGAGUGUGGGCUCGGCAGACUGCAGCCCCGACAAAGGGAAAUCCAAAGGGCGCCACGUGUGCGGCGAGUGCGGCAAGUCUUACGCCACAUCCUCCAAUCUGAGCAGACACAAGCAGACUCACCGUAGCCUGGACAGCCAGCAGGCCAGGAAGUGUACCACGUGCCACAAGGUGUACGUGUCUAUGCCAGCACUGGCCAUGCACAUGCUGACCCACGACCUGAAGCACGAGUGCACGGUGUGUGGCAAAGCCUUCAGUCGACCCUGGCUCCUGCAGGGCCACAUGAGGUCCCAUACCGGAGAGAAGCCGUUUGCCUGCGCCCACUGCGGCAAGGCCUUCGCCGACCGCUCCAACCUGCGUGCCCACAUGCAGACGCACUCUGCGUUCAAGCACUAUUCCUGCAAACGCUGCCACAAGAGCUUUGCGCUCAAGUCCUACCUGAACAAGCACUACGAGUCGGCCUGCUUCAAAGGGUACCAAGCAGAGGACGACUGCAGCUCCGAGGACUGACUGGGAAAUAUUCAUCUUUUUAAUUUCUAUUUAUAAACUUUUGAAUAGUUCGUACAGCAAAGUCAGAGAACAGCCUCACUUCUCAGGCUCGUCACAUGCAUGCAUCAUAAUCCUGCCUUUUGAUAAGCAAUAACCUCACUUUAAAUUAUUCAGGAAUUAUGUAUGAAAUUCAAGAAAAUCUCAGUGUUGAUCACAAAUGUAAAGUAUUUUAUAUUGUUUUUUAUAAAUUGAAUUGCAAUAAUUUACAUGCCAGUAUUAUUUUAUAAGCCAAGUAGCUCUUCAUUUACCUCAAACAUUUUAUUAUUCGUUAAAUAAUGUAUUUGUGUAUUUAUUAAUUUAUUUAACUAUUUAUUUGCCAAUUUCGAAGAUUAUUUAUUUAUUAUCGGUUCAUGUAUUUGUGAAAUUAACAUGGAUUUAUUAGAAGCCAUGUAUUGGAUUUGUUGAAAACAAAAGCCAAAAUAUAUUCUGACACGCUAUAUUUCUCUGUCUGAUCAAUUUGGUGAUGACAAUAAAACUGAUGAAAAUGAAUAA